AUGUUGAAAGAGGCAAAAGACUCAAUUUUGUUGGAUUUUCCAUAUUUGGCUUUAAUUGAAAAAUAUAAAUUUCCUCCAAAUUUUACAAUGGAAAUUUUGAAUUGCAAAAAAUUGGAAAAAUUAAUUCAAAUUUAUCUUGACAUUGGACCUCCAGUCCCAUUUAAACACUUCAAAAAAUGGUUAGACGAAUUAAGAUAUUUAUGUGAAAAAAUAUAUAUUAAUGAAACAAAUUAUUUUCCUCCAACAAAGUUUGUUUUUCUUUAAUUUUUUUAAUAAGGGCCCCCCCUUAUUAAAAAAAUUUACUAGAAAUUUCCUAGAAAAUUUCUUUAAUUUCCUAGAAAAUUGAAAAAAAUUCCAAAAAAGUCCUAAAUUUUGUCCGCAAAUUUCGUCCGCAAUUAUUGUCCGCAAGUAUUGUCCGCAAUUUAUUUCAUCAACAAUUAAAUUGUCAGAAAGGCGCUCGGGAUAGACUAGAUUCUUCAAAAUUCCACUAAAAUCCUCUGCUUUGACCUUUUCUGGUAGAACUCC